AUGGCCACGAUUCUGAAGGGUUUCAGGCCGGCAACCUCAAAGAAAGUGAAUGCGUUCAAGGAGUUUCUGGUCAAUAGAUCAGGCCAGACGCUGGUCGAGGAGAACUUUCACGCAAUAUGGCCGCUCUGGCUCGUGCGCUGGAAGAGACACUUUUGUCGCGACGCCGACUGUCUCGAGAUGCCUUUUUCGAAAGUCUCGUAUGGUUGCUUCUGUAUACCGGAGGCAAGAGUGGCUGAGACUGGCAUCCUUCUCGGCAGUGUCGUCUGGAAGAACUUUCUUCCAUUUAUGACACAGAAAGUGGCUCACAGCACAGUCCUCUGGGGCGACUGUGCCUGUAUAACUAUGUUCAAAGGUGUUGGUGGCCUCCCUCUUGCAGUUGGGGCACGCUUCUGCAAGUGCUGUCCACGGAGAAAGGCUGUUCACAGAGAAGUCAGCGACUUGAUACCAUUGGUGUAUGCACUGGCCGUCGAUGUCCACAUGCAUCGAAUGAACCACCAUUCUAAGCAUCGUAGCAGGAUCGAGGAGAUCAUGGAGAGCACGAGUUCCGUCUGGCCGGAACUGCAACGGUUGAGCAAAACGAUGAUCUUGAGUUUGACUGACAGUGUUGAGUUGCAGUACAUCUCUGAGGACGAUGACGAUCCCAAAGGCUUAUGGGCUUAG